AUGGUCUGUACCAUGUUGCCUCGAAAGUUAACCGCUGUGCGUUGUCACGGUACUUGAUGGGGAUGUUUCUCAUCCUUGUCAUCAGUAAGAUCUCGUCAUAUUGAUCUCAAGUCAACGGGAAUGUGCGUUGACCCAUUCCCAUUCACUGAUUGCGAGUGUGAAAAGAGUUCAAGCACCAAAUCACGAGUCAUCGCGGAAGAAGACGGCCCACAACUGAUGCGGAAAAUUGAAAGGAAUUCGUGGCAGUUUGAACACAUUCGAACCUGUCUUCUCUCUCGAUCGACGUCUCGGUCAGCUUUACUUUCUCACAACAUAUUGCGAUCUUCUGAUUGAGCCGAGAUAUAACCGCAACACAAGACAGCUUUUCCCUUUGAGCUCCUACGGGUGGGCUGGGGCGUUGAAAUUCUUUAGCACGUCAAGUGAUAUCUGCACCCUAUCCACUUCGGGGAAGACCGAGUCCGAGCUUGAACGUACAUGUACGAGGUACUGUCAGGGAUCGUGUCCGACAACGUUGGCUUAGUGCUCUGAAAUCGGAACCUCGAGAGCAUCUCGAUUGAUUCUCCCAUCGAUUCCAAUGAGUCGAGGCAACUUCGUCAGCUAUAAACUACAGAGGGCCCGGUCUUUGGAUUGAGUGUGGCAUUCAACUGUUUUAUAACUGACUUCCGAAUCUGCAUUGUCGUACUGCUGAUUCCUCUGAGGUGAAAGAGUUGGAAAAGUGUCUGUCUUCGGUCGACGAUGGCUCGCAGUGGGAGACUCGCUCUAUCUUUGUUAGGAGUUUCUCAAAUUCUCUUGGGGCUACACUUCGUGUUCAUCAUGAGCGCCCAGUCGUCCAUGGCCACAAAGUACAAAGACUUCAACGAGCGUGAUGGGAGACGCAGUCGGCUUGCUCUAGUCAGCUUCGAGUUAGGUGUCCUCUGGCGGUAGUUUGAAUUGUGGAGUUUCGAAUGAAAACCAGACAAAUGGGUCAAGGGCGGUCUUCUGAGGAAACUCUUACCUCACCUGUUUCGAUCCUGGAUUCUGUACAGUUUCUGAAUUAAUCUGCGUAUAUGGAUUCGAAAUUGCUGCGCUUGCCAGCACAUCCGAAUGAAAACCAGACAAAUGGGUCAAGGGCGGUCUUCUGAGGAAACUCUUACCUCACCUGUUUCGAUCCUGGAUUCUGUACAGUUUCUGAAUUAAUCUGCGUAAUACACUUCGGUGCUACAGUUUUGUUUAGAAAGACCACGUCAGACUGUUGGAGAUUUCAUCAGGCAUAUGGGUUGCCAGUUGGGUCCUCGUGUCAUCAUCCGUGAAAUAGUGUAUACUGUAUUCUGCUGCAGUCUCUGGGUUUAUUCAAAGACUGAGUAUGAAG